AAAGUCCCCCUCCGCACUCUGCUCCGUGGUCAUUUCUACCCGGGUCAUCCUCCGGCUGCCUGUGACGGAAUGCGCCUUCUUUCCUCACUGUUUUGCUAACCUUCGAACAAACAUCGACUCUCCCCUGUCACCUGAGCAAACGCUGCUACAAACAUGGAAGUGCAGCGAGUUGUUCUUAACUCUCGACCAGGCACCAACGGGGAGCCAAGUCCCGAAAAUUUCCGCCUGGAACAGAUAAAUUUAACAUCCGACCUGGAAGAUGGACAAGUCCUUGUUCGGACGCUUUACCUCUCAGUCGACCCUUACAUGCGCUGCAGAAUGAAUGAAGACACCGGUGCUGGUUACCUGACUUCAUGGAAGCUGUCUGAAUGCCUGGACGGCGGCGGUGUUGGCGUGGUUGAAAGCAGCCGCUGCAGCGCUCUCACCGAGGGAGACAUUGUCACUUCAUUCAACUGGCCUUGGCAGACCCAUGCUGUUAUAAUGGGAGGUGGCCUUCAGAAGGUUGAUUCACAGAUGGUUGAUGGCCAUCUUUCCUACUUUUUGGGAGCAGUUGGUAUGACGGGACUCACCGCACUGUUAGGAGUCAGGGAGAAGGGCCACGUGACCAAAGGGGCCAAUCAGACGAUGGUGGUCAGCGGUGCAGCCGGCGCCUGUGGCUCCCUAGCCGGACAGAUCGGCCGGCUGGAUGGAUGUGCGGAGGUGGUUGGGAUUUGUGGUUCGGAUGAGAAGUGCAAAGCUUUGGUGGACGACCUGGGCUUCUCCGCAGCCAUCAGCUACCGCAGCGGCGACGUCUCGGCACGGCUCAAGGAGGCCUGUCCCGCCGGCAUCGACGUCUACUUCGACAACGUAGGAGGCGCCAUCAGCGACGCCAUCAUAGAGCAGAUGAACGAAGGAGGACACGUGAUCCUCUGCGGGCAGAUCUCGCAGUACAACAAGGAUGUGCCGUAUCCUCCCCCUCUGAGCGACAGGACGCAAGAAAUCCUGCAAAGUCGGAACAUCACCAGGGAGAGGUUCAUGGUGCUCAGCUACAUGAGUAAAGCGGAAGCUUCCCUCUUUGAGCUCAGCCAGUUAGUAAAAUCAGCUCGAAUCAAGGUGUUGGAAACGGUGGUGAACGGUAUAGAAAACAUGGGAGUUGCUUUUUGCUCCAUGAUGAAAGGCGGAAACAUCGGCAAGCAAAUAGUAAAAAUAUCCGACUGAGAAAAGAUUCCAGCUAGAUCGAACUUGUAAUCCACGUCCACUGUUGCCUUUUAAUCACCUGCAUUACUGCAACACUAACCUACUGAGCUCUCGUACGUUUGCAACAAGAAAUUCGGUGCGAUAAUAGAUCCACUUUUAUUUUCUAACUGUAUCCUUAAAACGUAAAACACAGUGUAAUUUCUGAGCCUUGGAGUAACCUGGAGCCAAUAAACAAACCCGCUAACUAUUGUGAACUCUUCCUAGUGUUCAGAGUAGAAAAAUGUUUAGAAUGCGUCGCAUGAUUUCAGUACCGGUAAUAAAAACAGAAAUUGCACCAACUUUCCACCCCAAUCGCAAGAAAAGUAGAGCUAAAAAAUAUUGGAAAUUGGAUACAAUUAUUGCACCUAAAACUGCUAAAAUCAGCAUUCAUAUGUUUUUACAUGUUACAACCGUAUUAGACAUUUUGUGGAAGACUCAAAGAGCCACUUCUGGCUCCGUUUGGAUCCCUUGGCCUUUAGAAAUUGUGCAAAUAGAAACAGUUAGAGCACUAUUUUGAAACCAAAAUAGCGAUCUUUGUGCUCCGUUUAAAGGCAACUGCCAUUUAAAUUCUCUAAAGGCACUGGUCCCACAUAUUGACCCAUCAAUUAUCCGAUCGGACUACAUAGACACGUUGGGACACAAAAACUAUACCGUAAUGCACAUUUCUUUAUUCCACAACACUAUAAACCAAUAAUAAAAUAUAGUCAUCGUGGUUCUAAAUCGAGUCGUCACAAGAAAAAAUAUGUGGCAAGUGUAAAAUUCCCAUCCAUUCAUUCACAAAGCAUCAGUGCUCCAACACAGGGGAGGGACUGCGGUAGGAGUUCACACAAACACCAGCACGUUGGUUACAAUAUGUCCCCCUUUGCGUUGAUGCAGAGGCGGAGUCCAUGCAUCAUGGAUUCCACCCUUCGAGUCCGGUCGGCGUGCAUUCCAAACCUGGCACAUUCAUGUUUAUCGUUGGUGUUGAAACACUUUUUGUUUUUGUUUUUGUUGGGGGGCCAGGGGAGGGAGGGAAAAAAAAUAUCAUGCAUUAGGUGUUUGAAGUGAUCCACAUUUGUCCAACACUGCCACCGUGUGGACAGAUGAUGGAACGGUACUGUGGAUCGUGGGAGAAAACGGCUCCCGUAAUUGAAUAAGAUAAGAUAAAAUGUAUAUUUAUGUCCCUGUAGAGGAAAGAGGUGCACCAUUAAAUUAUUUUCUGAGUG